GAACCUACAAGCGAUAAACGCCAAAACGUAUACACACGAUACCAGUUCACUGAAAGAUGUCGGAGCAAUUAGAGCAAGCAAAUUUACCUCCCGGGUGGGACUGCAGAUAUGACCCUAGAACGGGGCGGUACUAUUAUGUAAACCUUUUCACCAAAACGACAACGUGGGAAGACCCUCGCGCAAGGAUUCGUCAGAUUCAGACAGGAGCUCCCUUGCACAUCUCCAACGACAAUAUCUCAGUGCAGCCAGUGCAUGGUUCUCCCUAUCAUGUUUACCCUUCAAGUAACUCGUUCUACCCAGCUCAGCAAGCAUUCCAGAACCCGCCCUCAGGUGUUCCCAGUUUAACAGCUAGUCCUAAUUUUGCUACCAAGCUACAACAGCAGCAGCUGGAACUAUCUCAAAUGGCACGAUCUAGUCCUCACACCCCUCGAAUGGGCCUCGGGCGCCAUAUUAUGCAGGAAACUUCUUUCUCCAGCAAUGUGAGUGCAGCGGACACGGACGCAACUGUUGCUAAAAUCAACGCCAUGUUCCCCACUGUUCCGGAAACACACAUCAGGAUGCUACUGAAGAAAUACUACAAUCGGGAGGCGGUCGUAAUCAGCGCAUUGCAGGUGGAGAAGCAUCCGCUCACCACCCCGGGACCGUACUCAACUCCCCCGCUGCCGCAACGUCACUUCCACAAUACGGCCAUGGGUGUGGUGUCGGCCUUCCAGAUGACUCCGGUGUUGGGCGCUCGCAGUGAAGUUUCGACGUCACGCACCGGCAGUCCCAUUCCGCGGCCAGCAAGCUGCGCCAGCGGAAGUUAUUACGGCUACCAGCAGCACGGAUCGCCUCGCAACAAUGGAAUCGACAUUCGUUACAACUCGCCGAAACCGCACUCGUCACCCAAGAUGAAACUGAGAUACCUGAAAAGUUUCUUCCCGAAGGCCGAGGAAACCUUGAUACUAGAUAUCCUGGCCAACGCUGACAACAAUGUUCAAACGGCGUCACUGCAGCUGAUAAAACUUGGCUACGAAAAACGUGAGCAGCAAACUGUUAAGCGGGGCUCAUCUCGAAAGGAUUCCGAUAAAGAUGGCCACGGAUCGCAGGCCGAGUCCAGACGGUCAGAGUCGCAAACGCCAACACCGAAACCGAAAACCCCAGAGGAAAAGAAAAAAAUUAAAGCUCGCUUGCAGGCGAAAUACAAAGACAUUGCUGAGCGGAUUAUUUUGAUGGCACUUGAAAGCGUCGACUAUUCGGAGGACCGUGCAAAACAAAUCCUCAACAUUGUCAUCCAAGAGGAUAAAGACAAGAAAAAGAGUGUCAAAAUAGACGCUCCCCACAAGCCAGAUGAAGACAAGGAGAAUGCCCAGACGAACAGUGCAACCCCAAGCCGAUGCAACAGUACAUCAUCCACCCAAAGGUUGCAUACCAAGAAAGCUAGUGUAGGCUCCGCGGAUCAUGCCGGGACCGAACUUAUCGAAACCGACGAUCCGAAGGAUCAGGAUAACAAACAGCCCAAUACUGAUGGUGAAACAGCAGCCGGAGACAAUGAGAACGAAAACGAUACUUCCAUUGAAAUCACCACUUCCACCAAUUCCACUGCAAUCAUUAAUGAUUCACCACAAUCACCACCUCCACUACAGCAAUCGCCAUCACGACAGCAACAGCACGGCACCGAUUUGAACAACAACGAUAGUAAUGCUAGCGCCGCACCGGCACCAAUUGCGGCGACGGCCAUCGUCGGCGAAGGCAAGCCAAACCGCACUAGAGCCAAGAGUGAUCACGCAAAGUAUUCUAUUUUUAGAAGCUCCUCAUCCGAGGACGAACUGGAUGGUCCCAACGGCAAAAAUAUGGAAUCUUCAGUGAAUGGCUACAGCAAACCACGAAUUCCCGCCAAUGGUCCCAACGCGAAGUUGUUCAAAGGCCCCAACGACGAUCUGCUGCUGGCGGACUACGUGACCUGGAACGGCGCCAACCCGGACUUGGCUAAAGGUAGUCAGAAACUUGCUCUCGGACCGGAUCGAUCAAUUCGCAUCGAGCGGAACUAUAAAGCGCACGGACCGAAUGCGGAACUCUGCAAGGGUCCUGCCGGCUUGGCAAAGGGCAGCAUCUUUGCACAGCUCAGCUGUGCAAUGAAAGACGUCAAGUGCAACUAGGGACGAAUAAGAAGCCGUUCCGAGCCCCGACAAGUGUGCUCCAGCUAUUAUUCUUAGGGGGUGUAAUGGCCAAAUAACUAUUCCGUAUUAUAUUCUCAACAUGUAGGUGUAGGUUUUAAUCUUUUUCCUGGUUUUGUAGUUAACAGUUUUUUCGUGUCUCGUUUACAUUGUUGAGACACGAUGAAAAUUGUUUUAAUGAAUCUUAAAAACGAACUAUGUGCAAUAACAUUCUUCUCCAGAAACAAAAAACUUAAUUACUUUGCGUGCUAAAAAACUACUACAACUUACAAUAGCGACAGUAAGAUAUUUGUCUUAAACGUAACUCUAUCAAUACUUGUGUAUGUACGUUUGAUCUUUUUUACACAAAGUCUAUAUUUUCUACUGGCAGAUGAGAUAAACGUUACAGUAAUUUUCCAGUCCAGCUAACAAGGACUUCUCGUGCAGAGUGUACUAUGUUGGAUAAUGUAAGAGAUUGCAGUAGAUUACAACAAAACGGCAGCGUAUGGCAUGCAUUGCAGCAGUUAAAUUGUUAAAAUAUUAAACCGUAGCUCGAAAAAUGCUCAGCACUAAAAACACGAUAUCUCUUCGCUGGAUUGUUCGGUUCGACAAACUGCUAAACGUGUUUGAAUUUAAUUUUUCGAACUAAAUUUUAUUUUUCAACUUUCUUUGUUGGUAUUUAAGUUAGUAACGAAUGUAGCUUAAAUGCUGCUAAACACUCUAUAAUAAUAAACGAAACAGAAGAUAGUCUGUUUACUUCGGGAAUCGUAUUAUUGGAUGCAUACGUAUCAGGGGCGACUCGUGGCUUUUGAAUCUGCCUGUUCAACUACAAAUUCUGGAAAUCUCAGUUUGAGUAAGUAAUCACAAUCAUGUCUGCGUAAACACACAAGUCAUUCUAUUUGUUGCUGCUGGAAAGUGAAACUAAAAAUGGAUAAAAUAUGAAUUUAAAUUUGCGUUUGGAAUAUAGUUUUUGUCUGGCGUAGCCCGUGUGCAAUGCACAGGUUGCACCUAUGGACGAGUCGCCCCUGAUACGUAUUUACAUUUUGUGAUCAAAUCUAUUUAAUGUUUCAAAGAGCCAGCAUUAUACAAUACACUGUAAUUUCUGAGAAAUGUCUAGUAUUGUUCAAAUUUUUUAACAGGUAAAUGCAGAUAUUAAAGAAAACCAAUCCUGAAAAAAGAAGAAGAAAACAUUAUAUUUCAACAUCAGCGAAGAGGUUCGAAAUUAUGCAAAAACAAAGUACAUAAAUGUUAUUACCAUCAUAAUGCAUCAACAUAUACUAACGGCUUCGUCACUAUUAGAUGAACUAGUUUGAAGCCGGAAUAGCAAUCAAGGUAAUAGGCCACCAGUAAGCAGCUCAAUCCCCAAACAACCAUUGCCUUGUUACUACAACAUUUGAUAUUAGAGAAAGCGGCUAUAUGAGAUUUAUACUUAAUAAAAGAAAACAGCAAGCAAAUGUGUAGAUUUGCAAAAAACGCUAAUGUUAGCAAGUUCCAUUGAAACGCAACGUUACAAUCCACUAAACGAAAAGUUUCCAUUAAACUACGAUAAGGUAAACAAUAGACAGAUGUAAUAAAAGACAUACAUGCGGUAGUCUUACUAUUUUCCGACUAGCACAGGAUCACUUAUAAUAUUUUGCGAAAGUAAUAUAUAAAUUCAGCUAGCCUAAUUCGAUUCGUAAUGUAAUGAGAGUAUAAAAUACUAUCUUGCCAUAUUUGCGAACACGUACACAUAUUAGUUUAAGAAAAAAUUCGUACCUUAUUCCUCCCACAACAACUAUACAGACUUAACAUGAAACAUUGCACUGAAGCUAGUCACGACAGACAAAAACCAACUUCGAAUUGCGUCCAACACAAAAAUUAAGAACAUUGUUUGUAGAAACCGUUUGCAUUUCCAGACCAUUUAUAGCAAGUGUUUCAAAAUAAAGGAAAAAAACAGCACACCCAUCCGUGUUUGUAGUAAUUAGUAACUGAAUGUAAUAAACCGAAAUUUUCAAAAAUAGAUUACCAUUUAUCACAAACAUAGAAAA